GUCUCUCCCAGAUGUUUCCCUCGAGAGAUGCCACAGAUUUCAGGGCCUGCUGUAAACAGAGACCAGAAGCCGGGGCGACGAAAGACUAAAAUAAACAGGAGGCCGGCACCUCUGGCACCAGAAGAGCAUGAGCCACACAGGUGUACGCAACCUUCACCUUUUAUCGUAGAGUUGUCCAGAAACUUUGGUGGACUGGCAGUACAUGGGCCCAGCAGGAACGACAGACAGCUGAGGUCAACUGAAAAGAAAGACUCCAAUCUACCUUUAACAGUCCCACGAACUGGAAAAAGUGUUUCGGCUCAACUGACCCAUCAAAGACGAUCUUUGGAUCUGGAGACUCAUGAUUUCGACAAUAGGACUCAUCAAAGUUUAGAAAGGGUGCCUUCUCGACGCCAUCACCAUGAGUGGCCUCAAACCAAAGAAGACCUUGACCAGAGUGACUUUUUACCAGCAGAGAAGCCAAAUACYUACUGUGAGGAGGACUGGUACAUCGGGGCAUGCAAUCGAACAGACGCAGAACACGCAUUACACCUGGUGAACAAGGAUGGGGCGUUUUUAGUUAGAAACUGCUCCAUUAACACCRACAGUGAACCCUUGGUUCUGGUUGUUUAUCAUGAGAAGAAAGUUUAUAAUGUGAAAAUUCGGUUUGUUGAAGCCACUGGGAAAUAYGCUCUGGGAACAGGACAACGCUCAAACGAUAUGUUUGAUUCGGUUGCGGAGAUCAUCAAAUUCCACUCCAUAUUUCCAAUAACGCUCAUCAGUGGGAGAACCACGGCUGUCGGCAAACUCCCAGAAAACUGCGUGCUGACAUGUCCGAUAACAAAAAUGGAUGUUAAACAACUGCUUCAGUAAUAUGUGUCCCUUCCAGCAAAGACACUUUCUAUAAACCUGAAGCUUCCGGUUUAAAGAAUAAUUUCAUCCAGAAMUGUAAUUAGCUACUCAUUUAAUAUGACUGACAGUUUGUUUUUAAUUUAGGGGAGACUGGGGACAGUUGCAACACGUUUUGCWUUUGACUCAUUUUACUCAGAGAUGGUUUGAAUUAGACAAACCAAAUUUUAAUACAAUAAACUUACAUCUGUCUGUUAA